AUGGCACUUCGUGUUGCUCAGCUUGCUGCGCGUGCGCCUAAGCGGUGGCAUGUUGUGGAUGCCUCGGGCGAGUCGCUUGGACGGAUGGCGGUCAAGGUGGCCCGUCUGCUGAGUGGCAAGGACAAGCCUACGUAUCAUGCUUCUCAGACGCCUGGUGAUUAUGUGCUUGUGCUCAAUGCCCGGCAUCUUGCACUCUCGGACAAGAAGCUUGACUCCAAGGAGUAUGUGUGGCAUACGCAGUAUGCUGGCGGUCUCAAGAAGGCUACCAUGAGGACCGUCUUUGACGCGGCGCCCGAUGAUGUCGUCCGCAAGGCUGUCCUUGGCAUGUUGCCCAAGACAAAGGACCGGAAGAGGUUCAACCGCUCGCUCUUUGUCUUUCCGGACGAUGUCCACCCGUUUGCUGACGACAUCGAGGCGUACAAGAAGGAGGAGGCAGAGCUCGAGGCCGCAACCGCUCACAUCCCCGAUCACGUCACCUCGCUGCUCUCACAGGCGGACUCGAACGACAAGGUCAAGGCUCUGCUCGAGUCGGUCGGCUCAAAGGUCACUUCGCUGCCAGACGAUGUCAUCUUUAUCGGCGACGGCAGCGGGAACAACAGCAACAACAGCAGCAACUGA